AUUUGUCCAAGGCUGAAAACUUUAUAGGCACAAAGCGGAAUUGGAACUUUCUUUAGAUGGUACAGCCUUUCAGCAUCGUGAAAUGGAAAGAAUGAAGAAUGGGCUUUACCUGGAAUUGGCGGAACCGAAGAAGGAGAUAAAAGUGCUUUGCAUUUCAGAAGCAGGAUCGUUUGAGACAUGAUGAUUUCUAUAAAAGCGACAGAGAACAUUUCAUGAAACGCUUCACGGAUGACAAAGGGGGACAAAACGAAAGGCGCUGCUGCUCUCUGCUGGUAGAGUGACAGCACUCGCCAAGAGUAGCACAGGAAAGCACCUGACUAUACUGCACGUCCGCAGCUCCCCGCUGCUGGGCUUGCACGUCGUGUGACGGAAAUCCAUUGGCCGACGCUGAACGAUUUCCACCCCCACACCCUAUUCAGUCACUAACCCACCGUGGCGCUUCGCUGUCAAUCACGGCGAGACUCUUGCUUCCUGGUUACCAAGGCUGUGCCGGGCUGUCUGGGUGGGAGCAGCUUCCCCGAGGCAGCACGAUUUCACACUGAUUAGCGACGGGGAGAGCCAUGCGCCGAUCACAUGAGCCCAGAGGAUGAGACCAGAAGAAUUCUGGUCUCAAGACUCUGGCCGUGCCAGGAGAGGACCCCAGCCGCAGAGACAGCCCCGCUGUGUGCACAAACAGGAGGUCUCCCAUUAACCCUUCCAGGCUCUGAGCUCAAGGGGGGGGGGGAGGAGAGCGGGACAGCAGAGGCAGCCCCCACCUGGAGGAGAAGCGUGACAAUCAUGAACUCCACCAGCCCGCCGUCUCCCGCGGUCAACGGAGACGCGGCGAUCAGCUACAUUCUGGUGCCUUUCUUCCUGAUCACCAUCGUUGGGGUCGCCGCAGCUGGGGUGAUGUACAUCCAGAAAAAGAGAAGGAUCGACAGGUUACGUCAUCAGCUGCUCCCUGUUUACACCUACGACCCGUCGGAGGAGCUCAACGAGGCCGAACAGGAAAUGCUCUGGAGGGAUGAAGACACAAAGGUUGUCCAGGGCUGGGCAACGACUUACCAACACCGGCGCCCCCUCCUGAUGAAGGAUGCACAUGCUUGAGGAGCUCAGAAUCUGCACAGAGAUCAGGUUGGCCAAGUGGACACAGGCAUCUGUCCAUCAUAAAGGUUUUGACUUUGACUGGGAUCAGCUCUAAUCUUUCAGCUGGUUCUCAUUUCAACAGCUGUGACAGAUUCAAAGCUCUUUCUUAGUUCCAGCUCCUGGCGAGAGGACGUCUUUGUGAGACCAAAAACGUGACUUUGUACAAGUGAUGAGACCUCAUGCUCCUAAUUACUCCCCCACAGCACGCUCGCACAUAGCACUCAUGUGCGCUCCUUUCCUGGAAUACAACAGAGAACUGACUGAAGUGUAUUUGUUAUUUUGUUACUAUGUGUAAAGCCUUUUUUCCUGGCGCCUUGCCACGAACAGUGUUGUGAUUUUGUCUGAAAUGUUGUCUGUAGACAGAGAUGGCAGCCCCUUCAUUUUCUUUAUGAGGAGCCCCUCCUCUCUCCUGUGCCUGUCCUGAGUCUUGUGCUGCUGUAUUUAAUAUUUAUAAGCCCUCUACACGCAGAGAUUAAGAAAGUAAUUUCCUUGCAAAAGAGCAACUUUGCCAAAACUAUAGGAGUCCUGAAGCUAACAAAACUAUUUUGGCUUUUGUGUGUGCACGUUGAUGUUUUCUAAGCUGUUCAGUGUUUUUCCCAAUUGAAAAAUGCCCUGUUCAAACCUAAGUGCUCACAGUUCCACGUAUGAACAGUGGAUUUAAGAGAUUCUUCUCGUCAACCACUCUGACCAGAUCAUAUAAGCCCACAAGAGAGCUCUGAUUAUUGGAUGCUGCCAGUGUGUGCAGGAAGAUGGAGCGCAACUAUGGUGACAUCAGCCUGAUCUUUUAUCUGUCUUCUGGAGUCUUCUAAUGUAUGAGCUAUGUGUACAGUAGGUCACCUUGUAGACAUCCAUCCUGGAGAAUUAGCCUGUUUGCUGUGUGUGUGCUGGUGCCAUUUGUUGGCUUAUUGAGCCUAGACAUUCCUGCUUAUACCAGUUAAGAUCUGGUAGAGAUUCUUUGUAGCAUUGCAAAGUGGUGUAAUGAAUCUAAUGAAUUCCUAAGAGGUGGAAUGCUAUCCUAUGUGUUGAGCCCUUUUUCACCAGUGCAGGGACAGGAUGAGAGCUGUAACUUGGCAGUAAGGUGACAGGAAAGGUAGGUGUCAGAUGCAAAGACAGUCUCAAGCAGCUCAUGGGGCAAAAGCAAAGGUGGUAAGUGGUGUGGCAGCUCUGGUCCUCAAGGGCUACAGCCUGGUAGGUUGGACUGGCCUUCUCGGAUCACUGCCUGCUGGAGAUGGUGUUAAACUGAUCUAGGGCAGCAGAUCAGUAUGGAAUUAACAUUUCUAAAGACAUCAGAUGAUGCCAACUUAGAUGACCCCUCCCACCUUUUCUUAAGUCAUUUUGCUUUUGAGGAGAUCUGGAGUAGAGACUCUGUGAUUUGUUAAUGAUGUUUAAAAUAGUAGAGUACAGUAAUGAGUUCACUGACUCUUUAAGUCUGUACCUGUUUUCUGUGUGUCUUCUGCUAAGAAGAGCAGAUGGGAGCAUUCUUGUGAUACUAACUCAAACACACAGCAACAAAAUGUUUUAAAAGUGAUCUACAUAUUUACUAAAAAUAAAACCCUCAGAAACUGUGCUCCUUAAUAUAAACAGUAUAAGGUGUUUAACGGGAGCACAGGAAUAUUUAAGUUCAGGCUGCGAAAGAUUUUUGGUGCAGUCGUUUUUCAUCGUAUAGGGGGAUUUAUCUUCCAAGUCUAAACCUGUUUGCUUUCCAGUCCCUGAGCUAAAAGCUUGCUUUGUGGAAGCUAAUGAAAACAGGCCUUUUACAACUCAUAGACAUAUAAAAGUGUUCCUGCCAGACACAGGAGACAUUGGCUGGUGAACUCUUUGGUUUCUUCCCAGCUUUACAGCUGAGGAAAAUGGAUAACCAAAGAGGGGGGAAUUUUGUGCACCCACUUUUGUUGUAAUUUCAAAGUUUCAAGAAUCAGGUUGAGGCAAUGGCAGUUCUCAUAUAGGAGUAAGCACUGUAGGGUUGACAAACAGAAAAUGUAUGAGUGUAGGGUUGUAGAGUGGCACAGUGGUUCGCAUUGCUGCCUUAUAGUGCUGAGGCCCUGGGUUCACUUCUGGUCUUGGUGUGCUUUCUGUGUUCACCCCACAUGUUUGUGUGUGUUUGCUCUGAGUGUUUCCUCCAAAAGUCCAAAAAACAUAGUAGUAGAUCAGUUGGGUUCUGGGAAAAUUGGCCCUGGUCAGUGUGUGUGCCUUGUGGUGGACUGGCAUUCCAUCCAGGGUGUACCUUGUUUUGUGCCUGUUGCUGGCCCCUCAACCUUGAAUUGGAUGAAAUAAUUAGAAAAUGGUUGGAUGGAUGAAUGGGUAGAGAAUAACCAGGAAAGAUCUGUUUGAGAAGUUCGGAUCUUGAGGAUUUGUUUGUGGAAUCUUAAAGACUGUCUCUUUUCCUUCUUCCUGAAGUGGUCAGCUUGAAGUGUUCCAGAUACUAACACCAGCCACAGACAGUAAAGAGUGUGGGCGUUUUUUUUUAAUGCCAUUGUCUAUUAACAGUAAUUGCUUGUUCACAGCUGAUGUAACCUGUGUGAAAGCACAGCUCUCAUUGUGCAAGUAUCAGCUUUACUGACUGAAUUUUUUACCAGUAUUGGUUCUAUACUGCUACAGUUACUCUCUCCCACUGUGUGAAUUGGAUAAAUGAGCACCACUGUACCAAUGCUGUUGAUGCUGGGUCAACAGUGUCUCUGCACGUGUGUGAGGAACUGAUUAUCACCCUACAAUAGAACCCUGCAUGCUCAACACUGCGUACUGUAUGUAGGCAGAACAGGGGUAAAAUUGUUAUAAAACAUCGUCAUAAAGCAUACUGUAGCAUACAGCACAGUGCAAUGCCUGAGGUCUCAUUCAAAAUUUAAAGCAUAUUUGCAGACAGACAGCUCCAGGCAUGGCAGCACAAGUAAAAACGAUUAUCAAAUAUAUUAAGUCUUAAGUGUAAUGAGCACUGGAUUGUAUUAACUGUUUUUCAUUACAGAAUGUACACAAGCACAUAUUUAAAGGUGUUUUUUUUAUUUUGACUUGAUCAAUGAUUGUGUUUUUAAA